AUGCACACAUUCUCGGCUCGAGAACCAAGAAGUAAGCUCAAGACGAACAUCUCGCCGAUCUACUCGACUCGUACCCGUUCUCUAUCUGCGCUCUCUGUGCUUCAGGCAUCACAAAUACACGCACGAGCUUCCUCAGUCGUACGCAAGGUCCUAGGAGUGCGUUCGCCUCUGAAAGAGCCGGCACUAUUUGACACUCCCAUCGAGGGCGCUUCGUGUGACAAACCGAGAUCUUCUGCCGACUCCACCCCCCGUGAGGGCAAUCGUCCUCGCAGUAAUACGACACCAACGGAGAUCACUUGGCCAAAGGCCGUUACGAUCACUCCGGCCAAUCACGACACCCUUUCGGCACCCUCUUGCACGUCAGGCCCCACACAAACAACCCCAGAAAUGGAACCGGCCCAAUCCUCUCCGAAGCGACCAUCUAUCGUUCAAGGCAGUCCAGAGAUCGAUUCUGGCUAUGGCUCUGGGCAAUCUUCCGCAGCACGCUCGGCACUCCCACCGACAAAUAACUCACCUGUCAUCGCACGGACGCCGCGGGCACUGGGAAAAGCAGUCAGUUCGCCUGUGACCCCAGGAGGAAUGAACAUGCGAUUAUCCCCUUCUUUGCCACGGUCAAUAAUGCCCAUGCCUAUUCUUAACCUACCACCACUCCCACCUACGCCAGCCCAUGACCAUACAUUACCUCGUACGAGGUGGUUCCAGAGCUUUCACCCAGAGGAGAUGCGUCAUGUGAAAAAGUCUAUGCCAGCCCUUAUGCGUCACGGCACUUCGAAUAUGGCUACAACGCACGCUGAAGAGGACGACGAUGAAGACGGAAGUAGCGACGGCACUGAUAGCGACUCUUCAGACAACGAAGGCAUGAUGCCUGAUGGAGACUCUUCUCCAGAGGCCCAUGACAGCAUUGACGAAAGCACUGAGGAAUCGACAUUGCAUAGUGGCAGCGAAGGGCCCGAUGGCGAUUAUUUUGACGCACGUGAGAUGCACGCACCCGCACCUUCAGCAGAUGACCCUUCUGGACUUGCUACGCCUCGUGCUUCCGACCAAAAUCGUACGCUUGGUGAGGCCUCGGCGCUCGGCCUACAAAUUACUCCUACUCCCGGUCCAUCGACGAUCAAUGGAUCGCCAUGGACGGUAGUAGAUAUUACCCCUGGGGUUGACCGUGCCUCGAGUGGUCUUCCACCCAGAACGGAUUACUUUUCUCAUCCGGUUGCGGCCGCUCGGCAGGCUCUUAAGACUCCUCAUCGGACGCCGAGGGUCUCUCAAUUAAUAUCGCUUGCAUCCCCCCGAGCCCAUGUAUCGUCGCCCAAGGCGGCCCCGGUACCAUUGUCUCCCUCGAACACAAUAGCCGCACGGCGCGCACGGGCCGCAACGGUUCUGCGCGACCCAAAUGGCGAAUCACCGCGACCGGCAUUGUACCAACAAGUAUCCCACAGUAUGAUGAACUUGUCGUCGCCCACUCACUCAGAGGAGAUGUCUCUGACCGGGUUCGAUGCACUCCGCACUCCUCGGGAAUCGAUAUGCCCUAUGACCGCUACGCCCGGUACACCUACUCCAUCCACACCCAAGCUUUUGAUACGACGUAAUUCAAUGCCGACACAGAUCAGACACCCCCCUGGCUAUAAUGACUUGUACCCUUCCGUACCGCGCGAGGAGGAGGGAAAGGAAGGGCUUCCCGGAUACUCAUGCGGGAUCCAUAUCGAGGCGAUGAUGCCCCGCAAGAUGGAAUUUAGUGCACCGGGUGUCUUGGCCAAGGAUCGGGGCUGGAAGAAGCAGUAUAUUGUAAUACACGGGACCAGUUUGAUGGUCUACAAGUACGACAUCAGGAAGGUGCCUAUUGGAGGUAAAAUCAAGGGCAAGGAUAAAUACGAAGUCUAUGCGGUGCACGAGUCAUUGAUGCGUGGUAUUAACGUAAAAAUAGUGCACUUGCCUGGUCAUGAAUCGGCCGCUCCACGCUUGCCCUUGAAUCAACCUUCACGGCGUAACUCAAGGAGAGCUUCGUCAACUGCAGCGAGUGAUAAUGGAAGCCGCUCGUCUUUAUUGUCGCGAUUCCACGGUAACUCUUCGAGAUCUACCGUAUCUCAACCGCAAGAAACACCUGCGCCAGAUGAUAAAGCGAACGCGAACGACAGCACGGUCUCGAUCAGUGCAAGUAACUCUACCUCGUCUUCUCGACGAUGGUCGCACACUCAAACUUCGCUGAUCCGCCAAUAUACACUCCAGAGAGCCGAGAGCGGACUGGGGAGUGACUAUUAUAAACGCCGCAACGUGAUCCGAGUCCGGUGCGAGGGCGAGCAGUUCCUGCUCCAAGCUGAGAAUGUGAUGCAAGUUGUAGACUGGAUCGAGUGUCUACAAGCUGGUACUAAUGCCGCAUUGGAUUUGGACGAGCGACCCAUGACCAAACCUCCACCCUUCCCUCGUCGUCGUCGCCGUCGUCGUGCCCGCCCUGAUGGCACCAACGAAGCCAAUGGUAAUGCGACUUCAAACCACAACGCAAAUGACAACAAUACGAACCGAUAA